AUGGCUCACACAAAGAAGGGUGGUGAAAAGAAGAAGGGCUGUUCUGCCGUCAACAAGGUAGUGACCCAAAAAUACACCAUCAACAUUCAUAACAUUCACAAGCACAUCCAUGGAGUGGGCUUCAAAGAAAUCCAGAAAUUUUCCAUGAAGGAGAUGGAGACUCUAGUUGUGCACAUUGAUACUUGGCUCAAUAAAGCCAUCUGGGCCAAAGGAAUAAGGAAUGUUCCAUACCAUAUCCAUGUAAGUUUCUCCAGAAAACCUAAUGAGGAUGUGGACUCACCAAACAAGCUCUACACAUUGGUAACUUACUUACCUGUUACCACAUUCAAAAAUCUACAGACAGUCAAUGUGGAUGAGAACUAAGCUGCUGAGUGUCAAAUA